AUGCGCACCUCGACUCUCUCAAACGCCCUGCUCCUCGCCGGAGGGGCGGUGGCUGGCUGCCUCGGGAAGCCCAGCGCCUGCCAGAGCGUCGACGCAUCCAUCGUUGCCCACACGGGCGAGCCCCUGGGCAAGGAGGUUACGCACAACAACAUCACCCUCUACAUCGCCGAGCCCGACGCAAAGGACCCGCGCACCAAGGCCCGAGCCGGCAGCGCCAUCCUCUUCCUAACCGACGUCUUCGGCCUAGCCCUCGCCGAGAACAAGCUCCUCGCCGACAGUUUCGCGCGCGCCGGCUACCUGACCCUGGUCCCGGACCUCUUCCAAGGCUCGCCCGCGCCCGGCGACAUCAACGUGCCGGGGUUCAACACGACCGAGUUCCUAGCCAAGCACGAGCCGGCCGUCACGGACCCCAUCAUCGCCGCGGCGGCCGCCUACCUGCGCACCGAGCUGAAGGCGACCCGCCUCGCCGCCACGGGGUACUGCUUCGGCGGGCGGUACUCGUUCCGCCAGCUGGCGGACGGGGAGGGUGCGGUGGAUGUGGCGUACGCGGCGCAUCCGAGUUUGUUGAGCGAGGAGGAGAUUGCGGCCGCGGUGGCGGGGCCGGUGGCCGUUGCGGCGGCGGAUCAGGAUACGCUUUUUAAUGCGGAGGCGAGGGCCGCGGCGGAGAAGGCGCUGUUGGGCACGGGCAAGCCGUAUCAGGUGAAUUUGUAUUCGGGUACGCAGCAUGGGUUUGGUGUGCGGGUGGAUCUGGCGGAUGCGCAGCAGAAGUAUGCGAAGGAGGAGGCGUUUUUGCAGGCGGUGAGGUGGUUUGAUCGGUUCUUGGUGACUGCGGCUUAG